ACACACACACACACACACACAAAGGAGGAGUUCUCGCUCCUCAGGAAACCCUGCAAGCUCGGAUCGCUACUACAAAAGCAUUUGUCUCAGUGGAUUAUCCUCAUUGUCAGCAGGAGCCCAGCCAGAAUGAAACUAGUUCACGUAGCCCUGCUCUAUCUCGGCUCUGUGACUUUCUUCGGGGUGGAUGCUGCAAGGGUGGACGUAGCGACAGAGUUCAAAAGAAAAUGGACGAAAUGGGCACUAAGCCGAGCCAAGCGGGACGUGAAGCCUGCGGGCUUGCUCCGAGGGCUGGGGGCAGCCGCCGACGUGCUGCCUCUCAUACGCACCCAGGACGUGAAGGAGGAUUCCCGAGUCUCGCCUCCCAGCAACCGGGAGGAUGCUCACAUCCGCGUCAAGCGCUACCGCCAGAGCAUUAACAGAUUCCCCCACUUCCAAACAAAGGCGUGCCGCUUCGGGACGUGCACGGUGCAUUGGCUGGUCGACGAGCUCCACAGGGCGGCCGUCAACGAUAGGAACGAUGCCGCCCCCCCCAACAAGAUCAGCCCCCAGGGCUACGGCCGCCGGCGACGCUCCCUGCCCGAGCGCCGCAGCCCAGCGCGCUCCCCCAGCUCCGGGCGGCGCCCACGGACGCGCCGGGCGCAGCCCCUCGCCGCCGUCCUCGGAGUCUGAA